CCGCUUUCAAACAUUACCCGCAUUCAGGACUACAGAGAGUACUUUUAAUGAAUGUGUUGGGGAUCGACAACGUGAAAACAAUAUUAUAAAAAGUGAAAUAACGCUGUUUGGGUGGGGGGGGGGUUGUUAUGGAUCUCUAAACAGUACAGUGACAUCCACUGACAUUGUUACGCUACUUAAGGGAACGUUAUACGUUGCUAUAGCUACACUGCAUUACAUGCGUUUGUAGUUACAUAGCGCUGUCACGACAAUGUGGUUUCUAAAUUCGUGUACUAAGUUUCACGUAUCGAUUGUUUAACGCGUACAGAGGUUGUGUCGAUAUGUCGAUUGUAACCUUACAGGUGGGUCAGUGUGGGAAUCAGAUAGGACAUGAGUUGUUUAGUGCUAUAAGCGGUGAUUGUAAUGGACCGAACAGAAAGACGUACAGUGAGUGCAGCAAUGAGAGAUUCUUCCAUGAGAGCCCAACAGGAGAACUGGUGGCUCGUUCAGUGCUUGUUGACAUGGAGCCCAAGGUUAUUGCUCAAACAAUUUCCAAAGCCUGUAAAUCUGGAAGAUGGAGGUAUGGAGCUGAAGCACAUUUCUCCCAAAAGCAGGGUUCUGGAAACAACUGGGCUAACGGGUUCUGCGUGCAUGGGCCACGUCACAAAGAGGUUGUCGAGGAGCUGGUACGGAGAGAGAUCGAACGAUGUGAUCGGCUUGCGGGAAUUUUCACCAUGAUGAGUGUAGCGGGGGGCACCGGUUCUGGUGUGGGUACCUACAUUACUCAGUGUUUGAGGGAUAUGUACCCGCAAUCCUUCAUAUUCAAUCAGCUAACAUGGCCGUAUGGAGCUGGUGAGGUGAUCGUGCAAAACUACAACUCCGUGCUCACCCUGUCCCAUCUCUACCAGCUCUCCGAUGCUAUUCUGGUUCAUGAGAACGACACGGUACACAAAAUCUGCAGCCGGCUGAUGAACAUCAAACACAUCUCGAUUACUGAUGUUAAUAAGGUGAUCGCUCACCAGCUAGGAAGCGUACUUCAGCCUGCGUACACGGCUGAUUCAUCCAGCUAUUACUGCAGAAACCCUAUAGGCGAACUACUGAGUUCCGUCGUGUGUCACCCUGAGUACAAACUGCUAAGCCUGUGUAACAUUCCUCAGAUGUCGAGCACCUCUUUGGCCUAUAGUGCAUUUAACUGGCCCGGCCUUCUCAAGCAUUUACGUCAAAUGCUGAUCGCCAGUGCCAGGAUGGAGGAAGGAAUCGAUUGGACAGUAAGUGUGCCGUCAGCAGUCACAUCUGGAGGAGAGAGCGGAAAAAACAGCAGACAGAAAAGUUUUAACAUGUCGAUUGCAAAUCUCCUCAUACUGAGGGGGAAAGAUGUCUCUACUGCACAGACAGAUGGUUUUAAGGAUCCUGGAUUAUAUGUGCCAUGGUUUACAACAGGAAACAGUUUUAGCGCAUGGAAUUCCCCUGUGCCUUUCAAUGGAUAUGAAAAGUCUGCCACUUUGGUCAGUAACGGUCAGUCACUUUUGAAACCGCUGGACAAUAUAGUCAGGAAAGCUUGGGACAUGUUUGCGUCAAGGGCUUAUCUUCACCAAUACACAAAGUUUGGAAUCUCAGAGGAGGAUUUUCUCGACAGCUUCACUGCACUAGAACAGAUCAUCUCCAGCUACACACAUCUUUGAAAGUGAAAUAAGCAUCACACCGUGCUGAUUUCUGGAAAAGACGGAUGUUAUGUCAUUGUGUCUUACCGGUCACUGGAUAAAUGUAAUGUAUGUUGAAAAUGGACUAAACUUUAUGUUCUUUUUGUUUUAUUUAAAACUUCCAAAAAUUUGAAUUUAGAAAAUAUUUAUACAGUUUUAUGCCUGAUAAAAUAAUUAUGUGAAUAACACAUUUUUUUCUCGUGUUUACAUUCUGCUUGUGAUCUAGUUUUGUUUUAGCCAGAUAUACACAUUCAUUAAUUUGACCUGCUGCUUACAUGUAUGCAUUAUUAAUAUAUACUGUAGUAACUAAUUUAAACAAUGUGUUCGAUUUAUACGAUCAUACAUUACAACUCAAUUCAAAGACUGAGGCUAAACGAAACAUCUGAAGAACCGGACCAAGUAACAUACAUC